AUGUCGCAAGAAGCAGAUGAGGUCCAGUCCAUGGCUGAAAGCCUCCCCGAUGCUCCCGCAGGUGCCCCUGCCAAACAAUCAUACCGUUCUUUUAAGAAGAAGUUUGCGAAGCUCAAAGUAAAUUUUGAGCUUGGAAUGAGAGAGAGUGAAUCGCUUAUUCGUGAGGAGUUGCGCAUCCAGGACCUCUCAAAGAGAAUACAGGAACAGAAUGAUCAACUAUUAGAGACUCUUUUGGAAUUUAACGACAGCCUACACAUAUCACCAGAUCUACGAUAUGAUCUGAGUGCCCCCGGAGACGAUUUCUUCUUACCAACUCCUGAAAGAGAGGUCUCUCCAUCACAAAACGAUCCUUUCGUGGCUAGUUCAGUUUUGAAAAGUGCUAAAGCGGAGCUGGCAGCCGGGAACUUGUCGGCUGAACACUACCGUGACUUAGAAAAUACUGUUAAACGAAACAAAGCCUUUGCGCCGCGCAUGCAGUAUACCUCUUUGAUAAAAAUUCCUCAUACACGCACUAAACUAGAGGAAAAUCAGUCUGGGGAUAUUGAUUCCGAAUAUAGUCUUGGGUUCUUCACGCCUGAACACGAGACUGAAUAUUAUCUAGCUACCGAUGCCAGACUAGGCGAUGAAUCAGCAGCCUUACAACUCAGCCGCGCCCCCGAUAAGCCCUCAUUUGUUGAACGAGAAAGAGAGGCUGCACUCCGGAAUCCCAUAUCAGUAUAUAAUUGGUUACGAAGAAAUCAGCCGCAUAUCUUUUUACAGGAUAACGAAAAUGCUUCCGAAAAAUCUGCCUCUCGACCAUCGAAUUUACGCACGUCCAAGAGAGCAGCCCCCAACCAGCUGCAGAAAGACCAAGAUGUACAUGAUGAUGAUAGCAUCCUAAUGGAAACUGGGCCUGGAUCCGGCGGUUCUAAGGGCAAACGCAAGCGUGAAGAAGACGUUGGCUCUAGAUCCAAAGGCGGUAGCAGCCGCUCAAGUCGAAAAAAGAAGGACGAUGGCAACUCUGGCGUGGUCAAGCUGCUACAUGAUCUUCUGGUCCACAUGGUUAUAUCAUAUCUAUUUCCUGUGUCCUUCAGAUCUCGAAAAAUGGCCAUCACUAUUCUUCCCCCGGUUAUCGACGAUGUCGACACAUCCUACUCAGAUUCGGACGUUGAUCCAAUGUGCGUGGACUCGGACGGAGUAGAUCUAGCGAUAGGAAAGGCCUCGAGACCGAGUAGACGACCUCGCUUAGUGGAAGGGACAAAUAUCACCUCAGGAGUGGUUACGCCCGGAGAAGUUGUGACAGAUGAUCCGCAAUGGAUGAGAGGACAUGGUACCUAUACAAACCCCCUUUCGACAUCCAUAGUCGCCACUGUUGCAGGUACUGUUCAAAAGACCAACAAACUUCUCUCCGUACAGCCACUUCGAGCUCGUUACACUCCAGAAAUAGGCGACCUUGUGGUAGGGCGCAUUGUGGAAGUUCAGUCCAGACGAUGGAAGGUCGAUGUUGCCGCCCCGCUCCUUGCACAACUUCCACUCUCUGCUAUUAAUCUUCCUGGUGGAAUCUUGCGUCGGCGAACGAGCGCCGAUGAAUUACAAAUCAGAACUUUCUUCAGUGAAGGUGACCUAGUAGUCGCUGAAGUUCAAACUGUACACUCUGAUGGCGCAGCCUCGCUACAUACGCGGUCUUUGAAGUACGGAAAACUCAGAAAUGGCGUGUUUCUCGCUGUUACCGGGACAGGCGGAAGUGGCGCUUCGAGUUCGACGAUAAAGGGUGGAGUUGGCUCCGGGUCUGCUGCUGUAGGGCCAAUGGGCGCAUCAGGCAGCGGGGGGGUAGUUCGAUCUCGAAGGCAGGUGUGGACAGUCAAUACCGCCAAUGGAGGUGGCGACGUGGAUGUCAUACUUGGAGUUAACGGCUACAUAUGGAUUUCAAAACAUGCCGACGAUACCGCUGCUGCAUCCUCAACCACAGAUAGCGUGUCAAUUACCCGCAUGGAGGAAAUGGUUUCGAGUUCUAUAUAUUCCAGUCAAAACGAUGAUAUCCCGCCUCAGACAAGGCGAGAAAUUGCACGGCUGGCGCAGUGUAUCAGGGUCCUUGUUCAGGGGGGUGUGCGGGUCGAUGAGGAAACUGUGAUGAGUGCAUACGAAGCUAGCUUACAAGUGGAUUUGGAGAUCGGGGAGGAAGAUGAGGAGGAAUACCAGGGAAGAGAAGGAAGAGAGUAUCUUGAGGGCAACAAAGCGCGGAGCAUAUUGGAACAGGUCUUGGAACGCAAAUAG